CUGUAUAAAAGAGAGCGACGGCGAGUCGAUCGGUACGUUACCGAAAAAACCGGGGCCUACAGUGCACAAUUUCGUUUGGGUAAUCGACCGUAAUUCCACAGGCAACAUGAGUUGCCCUUUGCCUACUUUGGUCGCGUCGCCGACAUGUCCCGUUCCGUUCGCGGGCGGACCUCAACUCACCAACGUUUGUUCCGCGAGCGCGGGAACUUUGUUUUUGACGAUCCUCAACAGCCUGUUGGUGGCCAACCCGGAAAUCGGCGAUCCAUGCGGGCGUGUGAAACCGAUCGCAGUUCCGGACUCUAGUUACGAUUUCAUCGUUGUUGGCUCGGGAGCUGGCGGAUCCGUGGUGGCUGGAAGACUGAGCGAGAUAUCGAAUUGGAAGGUUCUCUUGCUUGAAGCGGGCCCGGACGAACCGGCAGGCGCCGAAAUACCCAGCAAUCUUCAACUUUAUCUGAAUGGCCAAUUGGAUUGGAAGUACAAAACGUCGAACGAGUCGUACGCCUGUCUGAGCACCGACGGCAAAUGCGUCUGGCCUCGAGGUAAGAACGCCGGCGGAACGACGCUUCACCACGGCAUGGCGUAUCAUCGGGGUCACCCGAAAGAUUACCAAAAGUGGGUCGAAAAAGGAGCCAUUGGAUGGGCUUGGGAAGACGUUUUCCCGUACUAUUUGAAAUCGGAGAAUAACACGGAAAUUGGUCGAGUUAGCGCGUCACUCCAUGCCACCGGCGGGCCGAUGAACGUCGAAAGGUUGCCCUAUCAACCACCAUUCACUAAUAACAUUCUCGAGGCGGCAAAAGAAGCAGGCUACGGCACGAUCGAAGAUUUGGCUGGUGAGAUACCCACUGGAUUCACCGUGGCCCAAACUAUCAGUCAGAAGGGUGUGAGGAGGACCACCUUCGACUCGUUCGUUAAAUCGGUGGCACACCGUAAAAAUCUUCACGUGGCCCUUAACGCUCUUGUGACCAAAGUCACAACCGCCGGCAAGCAGGCCACCGGCGUCGAAUUUUUAAUGAACGGAAAGAAGUACCGCGUACGAGCGAAGAAGGAAGUCAUCCUAUCCGCGGGCACGAUAAACUCGCCACAACUUUUGUUGUUGUCCGGAAUCGGACCAAAGGAAAACCUCAAACAGAAUAAAAUCCCCGUAGUCGUCGAUCUACCAGGCGUCGGUGAAAAUCUACACAAUCACCAAUCGUACGGCUUGGACUUCACAGUGGACGAGGAUUACUAUCCGUUGUUCAACCAAACCAACGCGGAACUCUAUCUCAAGAAUCAAACCGGACCGUUCGCCGCUACCGGCUUGGCGCAAGUUACCGGAAUGAUCGCCUCGAAUCUCACCACCCCCGAUGACCCAGACAUCCAGAUAUUCUUCGCUGGCUACCAAGCAGUUUGCGCACCGAAACUGGACAUCCCGGACUUGGCUAGCGGCGGUCCGAAAAUGUCCGUCAGGUUCUCCUCCGUGAACGUUCAGCCAACGAGCAGAGGUCGUAUCACGUUGAACAGCAACAAUCCGCUCGAUCCGCCGGUCAUCUGGAGCAACGACAUAGCCACGGAUCACGAUCUCAGCGUCAUAAUCCAAGGACUUCACGCGAUUACAAAACUGUCGCAAACCCCGACGAUGCAGAAAAUCGGUUUGAAGCUUAAAAAUGUGACGGUACCGCAAUGCGCGGAUCGUACAUACCUCACCGACGACUACUGGAAAUGCGCUGUACGUUACGACUCGAGACCCGAGAAUCAUCAAACCGGAUCGUGUAAAAUGGGUCCAGCGUCCGAUCCAAUGGCAGUGGUCGACUUGCGACUCAAAGUCAACGGUGUCAAAGGACUGAGAGUAGCCGACGCGUCGGUGUUGCCUCAAGUGGUUUCGGGCAAUCCGGUCGCCUCGUACAACAUGGUCGGAGAAAGGGCUGCCGACUUUAUUAAGGAAGAUUGGGGAAUAGUAGUAUAGAGGAGCAGCGUGAAAAACGAAUGCAACGGCGUUCAGUAAAUGUGCUUCGUCUAAUUCUAAUGUAUUGAAUACAUAUAUAUUGUCAUCGCA